CUUCUUUUCAUUCGGUUGCAUGGUCAGAGUGAGAUCGGCGGGCCCUAGGUUUUUUGGUGAAUGGUGAUUCAUCUGUAAAAGGAAAAAGGAGGGGACGAGAGGCAGAGUUGAUGGUGACUGGUCGAGGAAGAGCAGGUGAAAUCAGCGGAAGGGAAGCCAAGUAGCAAUAAGAAGAGAAAGGCGUGUCGCUUUAGGAAAGCAGAGGGGAAGAAAGUUAGAAACGGAAGGACUUUGAAGAAAGAGGGAAGCACGUGAUCAGUGAAACGUAGGCGUUGAUCGAACGAGGAAGAAAGAGAGCGUAAGGAGGCCUUGAUCGGUCGAUAAAAACUGGAAAAGAGGAAGAUCCUGCGGGGCCCAUUUGGGAAUUCUAAGUGAAGAAGAAGAAGAAGAACGGAAAACAGAGGAGGGAGCGAUUUUAAAAUAAGAAAAAGAGAGAGUAAGAUACAGAGGCAGAAUUCAGAGAGAGCUCGAAAGGAAGAGAGCCCGAGGGAGGAACGGAGAGAAAGAAGAACAAGGGAAUUACUUGCAAACCCAGUAAAAUUUGAAGAGCCAGCUUCUGCCAAUCCUUACAAACCAAAAUCCAAUCCGGUCAAUUGUUGUUGCUGAUUUACAAUGCUGAGAGACGAAGAAGAAAAUGCUGCAGAACUCAAGAUCGGGGAUGAUUUUUUGAAGGCCAAAUGUCUGAUGAAUUGUGAGGUUUCCAUACUACUUGAUCGCAAAUGUGAUCAGCUGAAGCAGAUGUCUGAAGAUGCCAUGAAUCAAAUUCCCCAAGUAUUGGACAAGUCACUGCAGUAUGUGCAGAGGUUUAGCCGUUUCACCAAUCAGGACGCCGUAAAGCAAGUGCGAGAAGUCCUGAGUCAAUGCAAGUUGACAGAAUUCGAGCUUGCCGUUCUUGGAAACCUUUGCCCUGAAACCGUUGAGGAAGCUGUAGCUGUUGUACCAUCUCUCCAGACCAAGGGACGAGGCAUCAGUGAGGAAGCAAUUGAGAAAUUGUUGAAUGAGCUGAUGAUGAUCAAGAAGUUUGAAUGAGACUCCUCCCAUCACCAUACCAUCUUCAUCGCCUAUUUGAUUAAUGUUCAUUCCGUCUGAAAUUUCUUCAUUCAUUUCUUCACCUUCAUCCCUUCUUACUAUAUUAACGAUUUCCCGAAUUUUCUUCGGAUUUUAGAUCAUCUCUUACUUUUUCUUUUCA